AUGUGUGAUGCAUUAGAAAGAUUGGAGUUGUGGGACGAGCUGGAGGCUUUAUCUGCUAAUAUUAAUAUACCUUGGAUGGUGGGAGGAGAUUUCAAUGUUAUUUUGAAUGAGGAGGAAAAACUUGGGGAAUUAGAUUUUACUCAGUUUGAGGCUUUGGAUUUCAGUCAAUGCAUUAAUAACAGUGCUCUAACAGAACUUAAGUUUGUGGGUAGCAUGUUUACUUGGUGGAAUGGUAAAAUUGAAAGAGACAUUAUUUUUAAGAGACUUGACAAAGUCUUUGGAAAUCAGGAGUUUAACAAUAUGUUACCUACUAGUGAAGUUCAUUAUUUAGUGAGACAAGGUUUGGAUCACGCACCUUUACAUGUCAUAUGCAAUUCGGAGGAGGAAGCAAAAAUGAAAAAAGUGAAAGGGGCGCUGGCAAAAUGGAGCAAGGUUACUUUUGGAAACAUAUUCCAGAAGGUUGCAACCUUGGAGGAUGAAGUCAAGGUCAUGGAGAUACAAUUGGAGAUUAAUACAAAUGAAGAAAAUAGGGCAGAUUUUUGA